AUGCAAAUUUCACCGACGAUAAUGCGAUUAGCUGUGAUUUUAAGCGUUUCGCUACAAAUUUAUGCGAACACCGUUGUGGUGCCACCGGCGGCCUGGGUCACAGCGUCGCGGACAGCACCACCACCUGGCGUCGGAUCACCGGCCUCACCGGCGACAUCACCGGUGAGGCUUCUAUUGCCGGCGCGCCCAUCGACAGCUUCCCGGUCCGAGCGCAACGUUUACCGCACGAAGCUCUCCAAACUGCGGCUGAUCCUGUUGGCGGAUAUGCUGAAUGAAAUUCCACCGGCACCGCAGGAAUUAAUUACUUGCCUCGCGAACUCGUCCACGCUCAAUGUGACAACGAAGCACUGCGACUGCGAGACGUACUCGUGCAAGGAUCUGCUGGCCAGCUCCAGCCCUUCGCCGCUCAACUACAUCCAACCGAAAAGUAGGAAAGUUCAUAGCUCGUGCCGGGAGCACUGCUGCCGGAAGAAGAAGUUCAACCGUUCGAUUGAUCCGGCGACUCUCGGGAACGUGUUGGUGACGUCGGAUGGCGAAGGACGACGACGCAACGGUGGACCCGAGGCGUCACUGAUUCAUCCGGCAGCGGGCCGCUUGGUGCAGUUAUCUUCCCGGACCGGCGUUGUCUCUGGGGGUGAACCGUCACGCCGGGGGGUCACCGUCUCUAUUGGUGGGGGUCCACCUUCACCUCGUGACCGGCUAGCGGCGUACUGCAACCGUGAUGCCAUCGCUCAAAUUUCCAUUUCCAACGGCGACCAACGGACGAUAAUUCCCUGGCUGUACCGGGUCGGUUUAAUUGAAACGAGGCACCCGGUCUGCGUUGGCGCUUUAAUCCAUCCGAGUGUAAUAUUAACAACUGCAGUCUGCGUUAUAAACAAGAAACCGGAAGAGCUGUACGUCUGGAACGGUGCGGCCGACGGGUCGGCGGAUCAGCAGGCCGUGGGCAGAAUCAUGCUUCCGGACCAAUUCGCAACAACUUUCGAGCGGUUGGAGAACAAUGUUGCAUUGCUGGUGCUGGUCCGGGGCACUAAGCAAGACAAACACGUGGGGAGUCCAUCCGGAGUUCGUGAGCCGCCGCCGGAAGUGGAGCCUUCUGCAUCGGAAUGGCGAAGGCGGAACCGUUGGCACGAGGGUGCGGAACCGAUUCCGGGGACCGUGCGACGCAAACGGACACCGGCAGCGGUGCCUAUUUGCUUAUCAUCAAUUAUAGAGCCGACGACGCAGGACCGCCGAGCCCACCGAGCUUCCGGACGGUGCUUUACCGUCGCCCACCGGCGGACGGAUCGUCUCGAGCGGAGCACACUGCUGCGCCAUCAACCGAAGACACCGGACACCAGCGUGGCCACCGAUGGCACUAAUUACGUUACGACAAAUAUUAGCAUUUUUCCGGCCACCGAGUGCCGGCCGGAGCACGGGGACUAUCUGCAGCACGAUGGCAAUCUGUGCGCCGGCUACGGUGCGGCCAGCAACCGUAGCAUAGAUGUGGAUUACAGCGGAGCACCGCUGAUUUGCGACGAGGACAACGGAGGCCGAACGUGGCGCACGGUGCGCGGACUGCUGACCUGGUCGACCGACAUCAAUCAUGCACCGCACCUGUUCACCAAUCUGACCACCUACCGGCCCUGGAUCGAGCGUUCCAUCGAGCAGCUGGAGCUGCCACCGCAACGGUCCUCGGGGAGGCCACCGAUUGCGGUCCAAACCACCCGGCCCCGUACGUACCGUCCCGGUGUCGUCCUGUACGGCUGA